UUACAUUUCCUUGAUAAACAACGAGGAUGUUUUGGGCUGCUUGGGUAGCAGGUCUUUUAUUCCUAUCUGGAAACAUCAGUAUUAAUUCCAAUGCAAUACAAGACUAUGACUUCACUCGGGAGUUCGACUGGAAUCAGCCUCCUCAGUUGGACGAUAUCCUCCGGCCUUUCGAGACUUCCCCCCGUUCUGAUUCACACAUUCCUGAAGUGACCACUACACUGGCAUCCUCUAGCUAUCAUCAGACUUUCAAAUCACCAAUAAGAAGAAACGACCAGACAUCAUUUCUAAGAUCCUGGGAAGAUCGUAGUCAACACCAUCUGUAUACAAACGCUGAAGCUUCUGAUGAAUUUUGGCCUGACAUGGGCAACCAAAACUUGAUUGGUCCCCAAGAGUUUUUGUGGAAUCAUUGCGAUGGCACUUCAGAACAACAUCAUCAGAGUCUAUUUUGGGGACUCACAUAA